UUUCAGUUUCAGGAAAAUAAGUUAAAUAUCCAUAAUGCUGCUGCUCAUAUGGCUCACCAUAUGUGGGACAACAGUGGCCUCCGAACAGAACUUGAUCUUCAUGGUUCCCACCUUCAUCCAGCCAGGGUCCAACUUCAGUGUGGAGGUCCACAGCAAGGGCUUGAGAUGGGAGAUACCUCUUUUCGGAGCAAUACUGGAUGGCAACGGCAGAGUCGUGGAAGCUGCAAAUGCAAACGUUACACCGGAUGGGGUGGCCCAUAUACGGAUAAAGAUACCACAAGGCAUAUCCCAAACAGCCGACUACAACUUUUCCUGUCGACCGUCAACACAGAAGUUCAAGAUGGCGCGUGUUGAACAACGUCUGAUCUUCAGAAAGGACGAGUAUUUCUUCAUCCAGACAGACAAAUUCAUCUACAAAGGGGGACAGACAGUACGAUUUCGGGUAAUCUCGCUGAAUGAAUACCUGCUCCCAUCUGCAUCGCGUCUUAACAUCACAAUACAGGAUCCUAAAGGACAGAAGGUCAACGAAUGGAUCAAAGCAGCCCCAAUUGAAGGAGUGUUCACGAAGGCCUUUGAACUUGUCGAUCAGCCAUCUUUCGGAAUAUGGUCCAUUACGUCAUCUGACGGGGUUAAAGUAGCAACUGCCAACAUAAAAGUGAUGGACUUUUGUGAAUCUACCUAAAUUUGAAGUAAACGUUCAGUUCGAAAGCCAAGCCAGAUAUGCCCUCUUGACUGAUUCUUCUGUGGGUGUGAAGGUUUCAGCAAGGUACACCUUUGGAAAAGAUGUUC